UCUUUAGUCCAUAUACGGUUUGCUCCGUGAUCCUUUUGGCAGAUACGAUAGUAAGAAUUGAAUUAGGUCUUAUAAAAUAUAAAUAAAUAGCGAUUAGCGAGUAUCUUUCUUAGCUCUGUCUUGUUCUCAUUUGUUUAUUGAGCAAUAUAGAAGUGAUGAUGAUAAGAAAUUGGAUUUAGAUUUCAGAGCAAGAGAAGCAGAGGGGUGUGAAAAGUAAAGUGAGAAAUGGUGAAGGUAACACUUCCCUUUGUUGGGAUGAUACUUGCAGAAUGUGCUCAAACUUUUUUAAUCAUUUUGAGCAAACAAGUUAUGGCGGAAGGAAUGACAAGUUUCGUUUUCAUUUUCUACUCAAAUUCCAUCGCUGCCCUCAUUCUUCUUCCAUCUUCAUUCUUCAUCCACAGAUUUCAACGUCCUCCAAUCACUUUUUCCACCCUUUCUCGAUUCUUCAUACUUGGAUUACUCGGUUAUUUGGCUCAGGCUUUUGGGUAUGCUGGGAUAAACUACAGCUCAGCAACACUUGGCACAGCCAUGCUCAAUCUUGUUCCUGGUUUUACCUUCAUACUUGCCAUUCUUUUUGGAAUGGAACAAUUAGAUUGGAGAAGCUCAAGCAGCCUAGCUAAAUUAUUGGGAACGAUAGUAUCCAUUUCCGGUGCUUUUGUUGCUACUUUAUACAAGGGUGUUGCACUUCUGAACGGACCAUCACCUGCAAACUUAUCUCAGCAUCAAGUUUUCUCGCAAGAUUCUAAUUGGAUACUCGGAGGAUUAUUUCUUGCAGCUGAUUGUGUGAUGGCUUCAGCAUUUACUAUAGUACAGGCUUCUGUUCUUAAGAAAUAUCCAGCAGAGUUGAUUGUUGUAUUCUUUUAUUGUUUUUUUGUGGCCAUUCUAUCUGCUAUGACCUGUUUGGUUGUCAAAAGCGACAUUGGUGCUUGGAGCUUGGAACCCAAUUUUAGAUUGCUAGCGGUUUUAUACUCGGGAGUCAUUGGCUCUGCAUUUCAGGUUGGUGUUAUAACUUGGUGUUUGCACCAGACAGGACCUGUUUUUGUUUCCAUGUUCAAGCCCAUAGGAAUUGUCAUAUCAGUGGUUAUAGGUGUUGUCUUCCUUGGUGAUGCAUUCUAUCUUGGAAGGGAAAAUGAGCUUUGAUAAUUUGGAGUUUGGCCGAGAGGUAUGUAAAGUUUGACCAAAGAUUGUUAUAGCCUGAGUUCAAACUCGGGUCUUUCGAUCAAUCCGUCUUUCACUACAGCUCAUAAACCACUUGAGCCGAACCAGGGUUCUUUCUUCUAGACUAUGUUUGGUUGUACUGUUGAGUUUAUUUAUUGAAACACAAAUUCAUUGUUGUCUUUUCAAUGCAGUCUUAUUGGUGCUGUUGUGAUUGUCAUUGGGUUUUAUUCUGUAUUGUGGGGGAAAUCCAAAGAUAUUGAAGCAAGAAGCUUGGAAUCAAGAGGCAACCAAACCCUUCUUUUGAAGGACAACAGUAGUGAAGACAUAUGAAGGGGUUAGUUCAUUUAAAAAGAUGCUACAAUUCUGCCAACAUAUUAGACAGUUUCAAUUGCUUCACUCGGAGUAAGGAGACUGACAACUCUGACUCCGAGAAGAACAUAAUUUAUCUCUUUCAGUGUGGCAUGGUUAGUGAUCAGUGAUCACCUAUGUAUAUAUACUAGUUUGAAGAUGUCAGGCUUCACUAUUCAGAUAAAGAUGUAAGACUUCUUGAGUUGUAACCUAUUUUGUUUACAAAAAUCUUGAAGUAAAAAUAUUGUUGUAAUACUAUGCAAGAUAUGUACACACACUCUGUAUGAUUACAUUUGCUAUCCAGUGGUUUACAAUUACAGGGGAAUAUGCCAAUCUAA